CAACUGCACGACUCCGCCGCCGCCGCCCCAGCAGCAGCAGGCGCGGCAGCUGAUGCAACUGCUGCAGCAGAGCGGCAUCAUCGCGGCCGUUUGCGGCGCACUCGCCACCGUGUCCCCCCGCCAGUACGAGGCCUCAGGCGCGCUGGCGGGUGCCUGCUCGAACCGCACCAAGGAACCCUUGGAGACACUGCAAAAGGCGCUGCCAUGCGUGGUUCACGCCCUCAGGACGCUUCAUGACCACGAGGAGCGGUUCCAAGGCCGCGAGCAAGAGGUCCUGGUGGAGGUCCUGGCUGCGCCCGAGGUGGUGGCACUGCAGCGGGGACUGCUGGAGAGGGUCAUCCUGGACGGAGGCGGCGGAGGCGAUGAGGGUGACGAGGGUGACGAUCUGGGUUACUCCGGCGGCAGUGAAGGCUCCUUGCCGUUACUGGACAGCGUUCGGGGGCUUGCAGUGCUGAUGCCUCCCGAGGAUCGCGCCACGGGGCGGAAGCUGCCCCUGGAAACGGUACACUACUGUAUCGUGUAUCCAUCCCUUGCGUCGUGGAAGGCGGUGGGGGGGUUGCGCCGGGUGCCUUCCGCCCUGCCCAGCGAUCCCGAGCGCGCACGACUGGCGGUUCGGCUGCUGCGGGCGUUACACCGCCUGGUAUGCGGCCGCGGCGUCGGUGGGCAGUACGACAUGACGUCGGCGGGUGCUGAUCCCGACAAGGUCUCUCGCAACGUGCUACAUGUGGCGAGUGCUGCGCUGUGCGACACCCCAUUGGAUAAGGGGAACAGUCAGAUGGUGGCUGACCGGCGGGAGUCUUGUGCCUGGAUUAUGGUGAUAGCAAAUGAGCUGGCGCGUGCCGGUUGGGCGAGUGACGCGGAUGCCGAUUCGUUUCGUGGCCUCUUGCCGAGCGUCAUGACGCACUGGCACUCGAUUAGCGUCGCGCCUUUGCCAGACGACGUUCGCUGCGGCCUUGCGGCACGGCUGGGCCGAGCCCGUCUACUGCGCAACUUUGAUACCUUCCUGCGCCGCACCGCCAUGGACGACCUACCGGCGGCUGCGGGAUCUGCUGGAAGCGCCUCGCUCGCUGCAGCCCCGUCUGCCACUGCAGCAGCAGCUGACGUCACAGGAGCACCCAAACUAGCGGACAUGCUGUCAUGCAGUGGUGGGGUGCUGGAUCCGCAACUGGCUGAUGUGCUUACAGAAACUUGGGGCCGGCUACUGAGCGGGAGCGAGGUCGAGGGAAAUGGCAGCAGCAGCAGCAGCGGUGCUGACGGCGGGGGCAGGCGCGCGGGGCAGCAGGCCGUGGACGCUGAUAAGGACCCAUGGGACGGUCGGCGGGAGCUGGGGUUCUUCAUCACGGUCAGCAAGCUGGCGCUGCGUGAAGCCGCGCUGGAGUGCUGCCAGGAAUCACCAGCAACGGCAGCAGCCGCAGGCCGACCAAAGCUGUUGUACCAC